UGACCAGCGAGAGAGCGCCAUGGAUGUUGCCCACAUUUGUAUUCUAAGUUCUUUAUUUGUGUGCAAUUACGCUGCUUCGACGCCCAACUUCGUGCUCAUUUUCGCCGAUGAUUUGGGUUUUGGCGACCUGGGGUGUUACGGACAUCCGAGCUCUUUGACCCCCAACCUGGACCGACUGGCGGCGAGGGGGCUCCGCUUUACGGACUUUUACAGCACCAGUCCUGUCUGUAGCCCGUCCAGGGCAUCACUAUUGACAGGCCGCUACCAGACCCGCUCAGGGAUCUACCCCGAGUUCCUGUAUCCUGGCUCAAUCGGUGGUCUUCCGUUAAAUGAGACCACCAUCGCCGAGGUGCUGAAACCUCUUGGCUACGCCACAGCCGUGGUAGGGAAAUGGCACCUGGGCGUGGGGGCCAAUGGAAGGUUCCUUCCGACCAGGCAGGGCUUUGACGAGUACCUGGGGAUUCCAUACUCCCACGACAUGGGUCCAUGUCACAACCUGUCAUGCUUUCCGCCAGAUGUCAAGUGCUUCGGAUUGUGCGACAUCGACACGGUGGCGGUCCCGCUGAUGCACAACGAGGUCAUCAAGCAACAGCCCGUUAACUUCCUGGAUCUGGAACGGGCUUACAGUGACUUCUCCACCGCUUUCAUCGCCGCAGCGGCGGAAAAGAACCAACCUUUCUUCCUCUACUACCCUUCCCAUCACACCCACUGCCCCCAGUAUGCAGGCCCGGGGGCUGCUGGGAAGACUUCAAGGGGUCCAUUUGGAGACGCUCUGCUGGAGUUUGACAACACUGUGGGAAACCUGCUGGCUACAUUGGAGAAGACCGGCGUGAUCAACAACACACUGGUCUUCUUCACGUCGGACAACGGGCCUGCGUUAUUUCGCAUGGCCCGCGGAGGUAGCGCGGGAACUCUGAGAUGCGGCAAAGGUACCACGUAUGAGGGCGGCAUGAGAGAGCCAGCCAUCGCCUAUUGGCCCGGCAUGAUCACGCCAGGUGUGACCCAGGAGCUGGCCAGCACUCUGGACAUCCUGCCCACCAUCGCUGGGCUCGCUGGAGCUGGAGUGCCCCCUGUGGUGCUCGAUGGGGUCGACAUGGCUGACAUCCUUUUCAAACACGGAAAGAGCAAAAGGGAGAGCAUGAUGUUCUACCCCACUGAUCCUAGUGAAGAAUGUGGCCUGUUUGCUCUUCGCCUGGGGAAGUACAAGGCUCACUUCUACACACAAGGCUCCAUCCACAGCACCACCACCCCAGACAAAGAGUGUUCAACAUUCGUCUUGCGGAAGCAUCACGACCCCCCGCUUAUCUUCCAUUUGGACGCCGACCCGUCUGAGCGGUACCCUCUCCCGCUGGACGGCCAGCCGGACAUCCAGGAGCUGCUGGAGAGGGUGAAGAGAGUCAAGGAAGAGUUUGAAGACUCCAUGUUGUUUGGGGAGAGUCAGAUCUCCAAGGGAAGUGACCCCCAGCUGGAACCUUGUUGUAAUCCACAGUGCAGUCCCAAACCCAGCUGCUGCCACUGCUGACAUCAAUGCAGUUGGAGGAAGCCGGUGUGUCCGGAGGGAAGAACAUGGGGAGAACAUGCAAACUCCCCACAGAAAGAUCCCGAGCCCGGGAUUGAACUCAGGACUACUCAGGACCUUUGUAUUGUGAGGCACAUGCACUAACCCAGUGGUUCUCAAAUGGGGGUACUUGAAGGUAUGCCAAGGGGUACGUGAGAUUUUUUUUUUUUGAUUCUAAAAAUAGCAACAAUGCAAAAGUCCUUACUUCAACAAAAUAUGAAUGUAAGUUCAUAAACUGUGAAAAGAAAUGCAACAAUGCAAUAUUCAGUGUUGACAGCUAGAUAAAUGUUGUUAGAGAUUUCUUUUUUUGUGAAGAAAUGUUUAGAAUUAAGUUGAUGAAUCCAGAUGGAUCUCCAUUACAAUCACUUGAAGUUGAUGAUUACUUCUAUGUGUAGAAAUCUUUAUGAAUAAUUGAAUCACUUGUUUAUUUUUCAACAAGUUUUUAGUUAUUUCAUAUCUUUUUUUUCCAAAUAUUUCAAGAAAGACCACUACUAAUGAGCAAUAUUUUGCACUGCUAUACAAAUUAAUAAAUCAGAAACUGAUGACAUAGUGCUGUAUUUUACUUCUUUAUCUCUUUUUUUCAACCAAAAAUGUUUUGCUCUGAUUAGGGGGUACUUGAAUUAAAAAAUUAUUCACAGGGGGUACAUCAUUGAAAAAAAGGUUGAGAACCACUGCACUAACCCAUCUUCCACCGUGCUGCCUCCACGUAAAUCAAUUCCUGGUAAAUAUUCAUAAUUCAUGGACAAUAUCGGAUAUCGGCCAAAAAAACCCAUUAUCGGACAUCUCUAAUUGAAAGGUAUAAAUAUGUAUUUUUUUGUAUGUUUUAAUUUAAUUUGUUGUGAAAUGGGUAAGGAUUUAGAGCAGGGGUAGGGAUCCUGUGGCUCUUUUGAUGACUGCGUCUGGCUCUCAGAUGAAUCUUAGCUGACGUUGUUUAACACGAUAAGUAACAAAUAUGUCCGCUAGUAAUCACAGUGUCAAAAAUAAAGUUCAAAAUAUAAAA